AUGUCAUCCUCGGAGUCUUCGUCAGCAUCCGGUGGGGGACCGCCUGAUGCAGAGCCGUCUCAGACUGAGCAACAGACGAUGCCUCAGUUGGAUACUCUUAUCUCGCAUCUCGUUGCGGCCAAGCGAUCUUUAUCAUCCAUCAACCAUGUGUGGCGGGCCAAUGAAAUCGUCACAACAGCUCGCGCUGCGUUGGAAGAGAGUGUUGUUGUGUCUGCGAGGACAGGCUUCCUUCGCCGCGGGCUCAACAAUCAAUUGCGACUUCUUUACAGUGUCCGUACCGAGGUGGAAGAGAUCUCCCUUCGUGGCCGCUCAGAAUUUGCGGCCGUCUUGAAGGAUCUUGAUGCUGCUGAUGCGCGAUUGAGACGAACACUCGAACUUCUUCGUGAGACCAUUGUUCACGGCGGAUUCCGGCCCGAAGGCGAACAGCCGAGAAGUCUUCAUGAUUUUGUUGAUGAGCGCGGCGUAGAAGAGCUUCAUGCAGCUUUGAAGAACUCGAUAGACCGAACAAACGGAGCACAGGCUCAAUUAGACUCGUCCAACCAUGCCUUUGACGAUGAGCUUUUGUCGAUCAAGGAGGCUUUAGGCAACUAUAGAGCUGUCGCGAAAUUGGCCUCCUCCCGUUCCUCAUCGUCUCCAUCGUCAUCAUCUGCGUCCAACUCUAGCCUGCCUUCGAUGUCCUCCAUGCCAUCCAUGCUGCAUUCCUUAGAAAUGCAUGCACAGGAGAUGGCUAAUCUCCUGGAGUCUCUUGUGCGACAUUUUGAUCUCUGCGUAACUGCCGUUAAACAUACUGAAGGUGGAGGUGCUGCAGCGAAAUCGAUCACAGGUGAUAUGCAUGUCGGAGUGAAUGCUAGCGGCCGCAUAGGACCAAACAUUGAGGAGGGCAUUAACGCCAAUCUAAAUGCCCCGUUGGAUCCACUAAGUGACUCUGAGUAUCGAGAGAUGGUUCAUGUCCUAAUCAAGGAUGCGACUGAAGCGGAAGAUGUUGUCAUGGAGAUUCAUGAUCGAAUCGGUGAGAUGGAAUCGAGUUUGGAGAACGUGCUGGCCCAACGGGACGCUCUUCGGUCCAUAUACAAUGCUACGAUCGACGUUUUCCAGCAUUUAUCAUCUCUCGCAUCAACACGCUUGCCAGGUUAUAUCGCCCAGGCGCAUGACUUCACGCGGGUAUGGCACGAGGAAAAUGACCGUAUUGCUGGCGGCUUAGAUGAUCUCGCGCAUCUUAACUCAUUUUAUGAUGGCUUCCUUGACGCCUACGACGGUUUGAUCAUUGAGGUUGCCCGGCGCAGGCAUGUGCGACAACGAGUCGAGAAGGUGCUUCGUGAUGCGAAGCAUAAGCUGGAUCAGCUAUAUGAAGAAGACGUCAACGCCCGUGAAGCGUUUCGGGUUGAGAAAGGCGACUAUCUCCCAUCUGACAUAUGGCCUGAAGUUGGCCGAGAGCCGAUGCGAAUUGAAUUCCGCCGUAUUUUGGGCGGUAAAGUCAAGGGUGCCGUUUCUGAGCAAGCCAAUGACGAAGAGCCUACAGCAGGUGAAAGGGAGCAGCGAGGAGGAGGUCAAGAAAAUCACCUUUCAGCAGUGGGGGACAACACCGAAGUCGACGAGGUUAUCCCUGAGUUGCCCAGAGAUCUUGUUGAACAAGUAUUUGCGCGAAUUCAGACUAGGGUUAAAAGCACAACCUGA